ACAAAGACAAACAUAAUGGUUAAAUAUUUUUCUCUUUUACAGCUGAGUUUACAGAAUUUCCUUCACCUGUUUGCCAAAUAUGGUAGUAUGGUUUUACAAAUGCAGAUAUUUACAGAGAAAGUCACAAAAGCUGAGAUUACGAUGGGUGAUGAUAGACCCAGUCAAACAUAUCAGGCCUAUGCCUGGUCAAUGUCAGAGGUUUUACAGAAACUACAAGCAGAUUUAACAAGGAUUGAAAGGGAGAUUAUUAGCCAAGAUACUACAAUAACCUUGGCACAGCUUGAACAAAGACUACAUCCUAUGUUCCUUGAACUUGACUCCCUGUUUUCUGUAUUCAGUCUUGGGAUUUUAAAUUGUUCCUCAGGGAGCCCACAAGCACAGAGAUCUUGCCACCUUCUUGAGGUUCUGUAUGAUAGUUUAUUAAAAAAAGACACCAUAGGAUUAGAGGGGCAAAGAAUCAAGAAUAUUAUGUUGUCUGUGUGGUUAAAGUCUAUUAAACCAUAUCUGAACAUCAUUGAUACUUGGAUCUCACAGGGAACUCUGCCAACACACUCACAGGAAUUCUUGAUCAGAAGAAAUGAAGAAGUUGAAAUUGAUAGUGAAACGUUCUGGUCAGAGGGGUAUAUCCUUCAGACUCGUUGCCAGAAUGGUGUUGAUGUGGCAUCGUCGUCUCACAGUGGUGUGCCCACUUUCCUAGAGCCCAUCGUUGAACAAGUCCUUCUUGCUGGCAAGUCUAUGCAGCUGAUAGAAGCUUUGGGUAAACUCUCUGGGUCAAUAAGGA